UAUAAUUCUCAAGGACAGCCAUAGUGGAAAGAAUGAAUCUGUCCCUGAAAUAGCAGUUGCAAAAGCAGAGGGGGGUAAACAGGGACUACGGGACACCCCAUAUGCAAUUGAAUCUAGCAUUAUUAACUUUAAAUUUUUUUGGCAUGCCUAAAGGCUAGAUGCUAUCAGCGACUGAACAGCAUCUACAGAAACCAGCUGCAAAGACAGAAGCAGAACAACUGGUUUGGUGGAGAGAUCUGAUAACAAAAAGUUGGGAAAUAGGUAAAAUAAUAACUUGGGGUAGAGGUUAUGCUUGUGUUUCUCCAGGACUGAAUCAACAGCUGAUUUGGAUACCAUUAAGACACCUGAAACCUUAUUAUGAGCCAGAUGCCAAGGAAGAGAUUCUGGGAGGAUGCCAAGGACCCCCUAGUUGCAGCCAUGUCGAGACUGACGCUGAGGAGGACCCCAACUGUCACGAGCAACACCCGUUGAACACAGCCACCUACUUUUGGACAGAUCAAGAAGCUGUCACAGAUGGCAGAAUAAAAACCUGAGGAAAGCAGGACAACCAGUCACAAUGAGUAAUUUGAUGGUAGCUAUGAUAGCAGUGAUUACCAUUGCCUAAGAAAAGUGGAAAACCACCGUUACAGAACAAUGAGAAAGAGGGGAAAAAGGAGCGAGCCGUGGUGGACAAGGUGUUUUUCUCAAGGCUCACACAGAUUCUGAAAAUCAUGGUCCCUAGAACAUUUUGUAAAGAGACAGGUUACUUGGUACUUAUUGCUGUUAUGCUGGUGUCUCGAACAUAUUGUGAUGUUUGGAUGAUUCAAAAUGGGACACUAAUUGAAAGUGGUAUCAUUGGUCGUAGCAGGAAAGAUUUCAAGAGAUACUUACUCAACUUCAUCGCUGCCAUGCCUCUUAUCUCUCUGGUUAAUAACUUCUUGAAGUAUGGGUUAAAUGAGCUUAAACUGUGCUUCCGAGUAAGGCUCACUAAAUACCUCUAUGAGGAGUAUCUUCAAGCUUUCACAUAUUAUAAAAUGGGAAAUCUGGACAACAGAAUAGCUAAUCCAGACCAGCUGCUUACACAAGAUGUAGAAAAAUUUUGUAACAGUGUAGUCGAUCUGUAUUCAAAUCUUAGUAAGCCAUUUUUAGACAUAGUUUUGUAUAUCUUUAAGUUAACGAGUGCAAUUGGAGCUCAGGGCCCAGCGAGCAUGAUGGCCUACUUAGUUGUUUCUGGGCUAUUCCUAACUCGACUUAGAAGACCCAUUGGUAAGAUGACAAUAACUGAGCAAAAAUAUGAAGGAGAAUAUAGAUAUGUUAAUUCUCGGCUCAUCACAAACAGUGAAGAAAUUGCCUUUUACAAUGGGAAUAAAAGAGAAAAGCAGACAGUCCACUCGGUCUUCCGAAAACUGGUGGAACACCUACAUAAUUUCAUUUUGUUUCGGUUUUCAAUGGGCUUCAUCGAUAGCAUUAUUGCCAAAUACCUUGCCACUGUGGUUGGUUACCUAGUUGUCAGUCGCCCUUUCUUAGAUUUGUCUCAUACUCGACAUCUCAAGAGUACACAUUCGGAACUUCUAGAGGAUUACUACCAAAGUGGAAGAAUGCUUUUGCGAAUGUCUCAAGCUCUGGGUCGAAUAGUUUUGGCUGGGCGUGAAAUGACUAGAUUGGCUGGUUUUACUGCUCGGAUUACAGAAUUAAUGCAAGUACUGAAGGAUUUAAAUCAUGGCAAAUAUGAGCGCACAAUGGUCUCACAGCAGGAAAAGGGUAUUGAAGGAGUACAAGUCAUUCCCUUGAUACCUGGUGCUGGAGAAAUCAUUAUUGCAGAUAACAUUAUAAAGUUUGAUCAUGUUCCUUUAGCAACGCCAAAUGGAGAUGUUUUGAUCCGAGACCUUAAUUUUGAAGUUCGAUCUGGGGCUAAUGUUCUAAUCUGUGGUCCAAAUGGCUGUGGAAAGAGUUCACUUUUCCGUGUUCUUGGCGAAUUAUGGCCUCUUUUUGGAGGACGUCUAACUAAACCCGAAAGAGGAAAAUUAUUUUAUGUUCCUCAGAGACCUUACAUGACCCUUGGAACACUUCGAGAUCAAGUGAUAUAUCCAGAUGGACGAGAAGAUCAGAAAAGGAAAGGAAUUUCUGACCUAAUACUGAAGGAAUACUUAGACAAUGUCCAGUUGGGUCAUAUCCUUGAACGUGAAGGAGGCUGGGACAGUGUUCAGGAUUGGAUGGAUGUACUCAGUGGUGGAGAAAAGCAAAGGAUGGCGAUGGCAAGAUUAUUUUAUCAUAAACCCCAGUUUGCCAUUUUGGAUGAAUGCACAAGUGCAGUUAGUGUCGAUGUGGAAGGCUACAUUUACAGUCAUUGUCGAAAGGUUGGCAUCACUCUCUUCACUGUGUCUCACAGGAAAUCUCUUUGGAAACAUCAUGAGUACUACCUGCAUAUGGAUGGCAGAGGCAACUAUGAAUUCAAACAGAUAACAGAAGAUACAGUUGAGUUUGGCUCUUAGAGAAAUCUGGAGAACUAUACCUGCUACAGUGAAAUAAUUACAGAAUACACUUAGAAAGGCAAAGUACAUUGUAAAAUAAAGUUGAGCUUGGUUUUUUUUUAAAAAAAAAAACAAACAGCAACAAAUUAACUAGAUAUAGAAUAAUGGAGAACAAGUUGUUAAAACAUUUAAUAUUAUAUAGGAUAUGCUAAUUGUGUAUAUGUUGGUUUAAUUAAUAAUAUGUACUAAGAAUGUCGUUAUUCUUGUGGUUAAAAACCUGCCUAAAUUAAAUUGGGCUUCAAUCACUGUAACCUGAUUCAUCCUGGGAUGUAAACCAUUCGAAGUCAGCUAAUUGGACUUUUAUGGCUCUAUCUUUUCCUUCAAUGAAGAACCCUAUUUAAAACUGGGUCAUCAUUUGUCCUGUUCUAGCAAGAUAGUCUUCAGUUUCAUUUUCCUGUGCCCUAUGGUAGUUGGAAACAAAUCAUAAUGUAUUAUUUAAAUGUAUAACAUCAUUGCAUAACAGCAUUUAUUAUACAGUGGCAGAUUUCUUUAGCUGCCACAGUAAUACUCAUUCCUUGUGUGUGUCUUGGAGUGCAUUUGACUCCAGGAAAAGCCAUUUUGAUUUUCCUUAACUAAAUGAUAAAUGUACCCCUCUCAGUCUGCAGUAUUGAGUUGUUUAAAGUAUAUGUGCAGUCUUGCUUACAAGGAGGGGUUACCAUGUAUCACACCUAAUCUUCCCAAUGUUUGGGAUAUUAAAACACAAAGUCCUUAACAUGCCAGGCUCAAGGUCUUAUGAGAGUUUUAGAUUUUUUAGAGAAUUAGACAAAUUUGUGUGUGUUAGAAGCCCAUUCAUUAGAAGUGUGGUGGUUAUUUGGUAUUAAACUCCAGAUGAGCCAUAGGAAAGCACUACAUGAAAUAAUGCACUGAGUAUGCAAUGCUAUCACUGUCUUUGGCUGUGAUUUUAUGUUUAAAAAGUAUGUUCUAAAAUUAUUAUAUAUACAUGGGUGAAUUAUGUUUCCGAGGCACUGUUUUAUCUCUGUGAAUCUGGAAUAACUUUUUUAUAUUUGGGUUAUUAUGUCAAACGAUCCUAAGAGAAGAUGGUUUCAGUUCAUUAAACCAUCAUUAAUGACUUUAUGUAUUAUUUGCACAGGGAGAAUUGAAACUGAGUAUAAUCAAUAAGCUAGAUAUGAAAUCAGUUUCUCAAACUGAGCUUCAGAAAGGGGCAUUUUAUACUCUUGUUUCUGCAUAACUGGUUUUGUUUUUUUGCAGAAUUAACUAUAACAAUCACUGGCUACCGAAGUAAACUGAUGUACUGAAUUCCAUAAUACAUAACAUUCAAUUUUUACCACUUCUGUUUAGCGAACUUGUAUACUUACUUAUUUUCUGUUCAGAUUAAAAAAAAAAAACUCAGCUAUCCUAUACAACCUUUGCUUGUUCUUUUUAUUCUGGUAUCUAAAUACUGAGAAGUUCAUUUAUAAUUCAGCCUUGACUUGAAAACAUACAUAGUUUAGUCUUGACUUGAGAACACAAAAAUAAAUUCAGAAAAUGCUUUUA